AGGACUUGCGAUGUAGCUGCAGCUCAUCCUCCGUGUGAGGGUCGCCGGUAAAAUUCCGGGUGCCACUACGUGCCCCGUGGCUGCUAGAGCUUUGGCCGCUUCCCUGCGUCAGGAGCGGGCGGCCGCCAAGCGCGCGCACGGCRAUGAGGACGGCGGAGGACUCGAGCGGGACCGUCCUGCACCGCCUCAUCCAGGAGCAGCUGCGGUACGGCAACCUCACGGAGAACCGCACGCUGUUGGCCAUUCAGCAGCAAGCGCUGCGCGGGGCGGGUGGCGCGGGCAGCCCCCGCUCGUCUCUUGAGAGCCUUACCCAAGAAGAAAGCCAAAUGGUGCAGCAGUCCACGCGGCAGGAGCCCCAGGGCCAGGAGCAUCACUCCGACCAUGCCUACUUGGAGAGCAGCCUCUAUCGGCUCUACCAGCCGCAGCACAAGGGCGAGGAGCUGCCCACCUACGAGGAGGCCAAGGCUCACUCGCAGUACUAUGCCUCGCAGCGGGGUGGCCCRCAGCCCGGCGGCGCUGGCGCCGGUGCUCCCGGGGACAGCGGGCAGCGCAGGGCCGGGAGCGGCGCGCGGCGCCCCGAYGACUCGCUGAAGGAGCUGAAGCACGGCCACGUGCGCUCCUUGAGCGAGCGCCUCAUGCAGAUGUCCCUGGAGAGGAACGGCGCCAAGGCGCAGAGCCACAUGAGCUCGUCCCACAGCUACCCGCAGCUCUCCAGGCACUACCAGCUCUCCGCCCUCAGGGGCCAGCACUCGGAGGGCACGGAGCCGCGGGGACCUCCUCCGGAGUACCCCUACAUCCUGCCUUCCCAGGACGCCUCCGUUGCUUACCUGGCGGAUCCCAGAGCCUGCUCACAGGAAGGUCCGGUGUUUCAGCACCCCAGCGUCAGGGCGAUGCCGCCUCAUGUCUCCGCGGCUUUCCUGCCGCAGCAGAGCCCCCUGUGCCUCGGCCCGGCCGGGAUGGAGGCCUUGGUGACGGCCCAGGCGGCCUCCGCCAGCACCCGCCUGGCCCACGCCGACACCGUGCUGAGAGACAACGAGAAACUGCUGCGGGAGAAUGAGAAGCUGCAGCGGGAGAGCGAGAAGCUCCGGCGGGAGCUGGAGGGCUACGCCGAGAAAGCCACUCGGAUCCAGAAGCUGGAAACAGAGAUUCAGCGCAUUUCAGAGGAUUAUGAAAACCUCAUGAAGGCCUCUUCCAAGAGGGAAGCGUUGGAGAAAGCCAUGAGGAACAAGAGAGAUGGGGAGAUGCGUCGGCUCCAGGACUUCAACCGGGAUCUGAAAGAACGGCUGGAGUCUGCAAACAAACAGCUGGCCAGCAAGACCCAGGAAAACCAGGAGAAUAACCAAGGCACUGUGACGAAACUCCUUGCACAAAGCUAUGAGCACCAGCAGGAGAAGGAAAAGCUGGAGCGGGAAGUGUCCCUGCUGCGCAGCGCUAACGAGGACCAGCGGCGCCGGGCAGAGCUGUUGGAGCAGGCGCUGGGCAGCGCCCAGGCCCGGGCRGCCAAGGCAGAGGCCGAGCUGCGCAAGAAGCGGGCGUACGUGGAGAAGGUGGAGAGGCUGCAGGCAGCGCUGGGCCAGCUCCAGGCCGCCUGCGAGAAGCGGGAGCAGCUGGAGCUGCGGCUCCGCACGCGCCUGGAGCAGGAGCUGAAGAUGCUGCGGGCUCAGCAGAGGCAGGCAGGCACCCCAGGCGGGGGAGCCUCGGAGCUGAGCGCCCACACGCUCUCCGAGCAACUGAGAGAGAAGGAGGAGAAGAUCCUUGCCCUGGAGGCCGACAUGACCAAGUGGGAGCAGAAGUACCUGGAGGAGUGCACCAUGCGGCAGUUCGCCAUGGACGCCGCGGCCACCGCAGCCGCCCAGCGGGACACAACGCUCAUCAGCCACUCCCCGCGGCACUCUCCCAACAGCAGCUUCAACGAGGACCUCCUCUUGGCCAACCACAAGCAGCAGGAGAUGGAGAGCAGGUUGAAAGCCCUGCAUGCCCAGAUACUGGAGAAGGAUGCUGUCAUCAAAGUGCUGCAGCAGCGCUCACGGAAGGACCCCAGCAAAGCCCUCCAAGGCUCCCUGCGGCCGGCCAAGUCCGUGCCGUCCAUCUUUGCAGCCUCUGGGACCCAGAGCUGGCAGGGUGCUAGCCCAAGUGACCGACUGGCAGAGGGCACCUCCCGCGGGUGUGCAGCAGGCAAAGCUCCAGCAGAAGAAGCAGUGGCACUGCCCACCUCUGCCCCCCAGCCCUUUCACUCCAAGCAUGGCAGCAAGGAUGGCAGCACGCAGACGGACAGCCUGGYUGAAAGCAGCAGCCAGGGCGAGGGGCCCGAGCGCCCGGCCAGCUCGCUGGAGAGCUUGGCUGCAGCCAGAGCCCUUGACCUGUCUGACAUGGUGGAGAUCUUGAUUUAAAKACGGGCAGUUCUGGCCACCCAGGGCAGACAUGUCAUCCUCUCCCAACUCACAGACUGUUGUGUGGUCAGAGAAGCCCUUUGCUCACCAGGUGCCCAGAAGAGACUUGUUCUCCAUAGCAGCAAAUUCCUGGAUGGCGGAGUCUGAGGGAAGAAGAGGCUUUGCAGGGAGGAUGCCACAGUCUGCGGGGACCAGGCUGUGCCUCCAGCCCUCCACACAUCCUGCCGUGGUCAGAGUGGUGACCAGGAGGACAGCAGCAUCUAUUGUGGGCAGGCUGGUUUUGAGAGAACCCCAGCAACCCCCCGGCGCCGCCRGUUUGGGCCGCCAGGUUUGGGGAGCGGGGCUUGCUGCUGGGAUGUUACCCCUGGCAUCCCGUCAGGGCCACGGGCAYGUCCUGUGGGGCCGCACAGGACAAGGAGCGCUCUGGAGCGCUCCAGACCCUGGAGGUGUUUGCGUGCAGAAGCUGUACAGUGACGAGGGGCUUGCAGCCCAGGAGACGUGAUCCCCCUUGUAAAUACACCCGUGUUUUGUAGAACAGGAUACCGCAAACGUAUUUAUCAUUUCAGUUCCUUUCCCUUCCUCCCUCCUCCUUUGCUGACUGUGGGGUGUCUCUCCUUCCCCCCUCACUUGUCAGGUCCUUCAUGUUCUCCAGCCCGGAUCCUGUCUCUGUAUCUCUGCCUUCCGUGUCCUUCAGGGUGCUUUCCUGUGGUCCCUUCGACUGGAAUUUCCCUUCUGUCUGAACAGUAGCAGUGAGCCAAGUAUCUGUGUGCGAGUGCGGGUAUGUCUCUGCUUCUGAGCUGCUCUUCAUAGGGGCAGAGCCUGGAGGGAUCUGCAGCUGCUCUCCAGUGUCUGAGCCCCAUCCAAAUCUGCRUGGCCAAGUGGAGUGGUCCCAGGGCCAGGAGUUAAGAACCUUUAUUUGCAAGCACAGUACCUUAAGGUUUCCAGUGCAGCUGCAGGAGGGAGAGGGAUACAGAAAGGAGCUUUCAGAAGAGUCCUAGGUAUGUGUCAAUCGACAGGAUUUUCCUUAUAAAGGGAGGGGAUGGGAUGACACUUGUGCAAAAAGAAGAGAAUGGAAGGUGGAGGAGAAGUCUAAGGAGAAGAAGGUGAAACGCUCUUGAAGAGAAACAAGCACGUCUGAUUUUGCUGGGUGGGACGUUGUCGCCCUUUUGUGGCUCUGCACCGAGCUUUGCCUUGGCCUCUUCUUGCUGGGAAUUCUCAUACCUCCCUCGUCUGCUGGCAGCUGGUUUCUGCCAGUAGCCAGCGUUGAUUUUAGUGAGAGUUUCUCAGUCCUCUGAACUCAGACACUUUCCAGCCUUGGCCCUCGUGUAUGUUUUUG